AAUAGCGGCUAUCUGACGAUAGGUGAUUGUUAUGCACAAAAAAGUUGUAGGCACACUGAUUCUUAUUAGGACUACCCUGUUUUGCUGUUUUCUCGUCUUUGUGCUGAAGCCCCAGCGGGGCGGCAUGUGUGUAGCUAUUUCUACUAGGUGUCGAGUAUGGAAACUUGACCUACGGGUUAUCUGGCAACUUAGGUUUUUAGACUUCAGGGUCAUCGUCAUCUUUCGCCGACACGGACCA